CUUCCUCUCAUUUGGGUCUUCAGCUUUCUGUUCUUUGUUAGCCUUGUAGUUGUUGUCAAUGGCAGAGACCCUCCAUUGCUUUCUCCAUUCUCUACUCCUCUUCAACCUCCCAGCCUCCGUCCAGUUUCUCCAACUUCUCCUUCAGUGGCAUCGGCCCCCCAAGUGAUGCAGAUAUUAGUGAUUUAUGAACACCACCAUUUGGAAAAGCAAUUAGUUCUGGCAAUUGUCCUAUCUUCAGUUGCGGUAGCUCUGAUCUUUCUAUCGAUUUUUGUGGUCUGGAUCUUUUGGCGAAGGAAUCAAAAUGACCCCGAGAAAAAGACUGCUCAAGGCUCGGAUACAAGUAGAGGAAUCACGUUAGGCCCAAUCUUGAGCAAGUUCAGUUCUUUCAAUACGGCAGGCAGAAAACCUUCACUUGCCAUGGUGGAGUAUUCGCUGUUAGAAUCCGCAACCAAUAAUUUCAGUGAGAGUAAUAUCCUUGGAGAAGGGGGCUUUGGGUUUGUUUAUAAAGCUUGCUUCGAUGGGGGUUUUCUUGCUGCAGUAAAGAAGCUAAAUGGUGGUAGGCAAGAUUGUGAAAGAGAGUUCGAGAAUGAGGUAAAUUUGCUGGGGAAAAUUCAACAUCCAAAUAUAAUUUCUUUGUUGGGUUAUUGCCUUCAUGGAGAAAUGAGAUUCCUCGUAUAUGAGUUGAUGCAUAAUGGAUCUUUGGAAACACAAUUACAUGGACCAUCUCAUGGGUCAGCUUUAACUUGGCACAUUCGGAUGAAAAUCGCACUAGAUGCAGCAAGAGGAUUAGAGUAUCUACAUGAGCAUUGCAACCCACCUGUGAUCCAUAGAGAUCUGAAAUCAUCCAAUAUUCUUUUGGAUUCAGAAUUUAAUGCCAAGAUUUCAGAUUUUGGCCUUGCAGUGACUGGUGGUAACGAAAAUAAAGGCAAUAUCAAGCUUUCAGGCACUCUUGGUUAUGUAGCUCCAGAGUAUCUUCUAGAUGGUAAACUCACAGAGAAAAGUGAUGUUUAUGCCUUUGGAGUAGUUCUUCUCGAGCUUCUCAUGGGAAGAAAACCAGUCGAGAAACUGGCCCCAUCUCAGUGCCGAACUAUAGUUACAUGGGCCAUGCCUCAGCUAACAGAUCGAUCAAAGCUACCAAACAUUGUGGAUCCAGCAAUUAAAAACACAAUGGAUUUGAAACAUUUAUACCAAGUGGCAGCUGUUGCUGUGCUUUGUGUUCAACCUGAACCCAGUUAUCGCCCUCUGAUAACUGAUGUCCUUCACUCUUUAAUUCCGUUAGUACCUGUAGAGCUCGGGGGUACACUUAGAGUUUCUGACCCAUCCAGGAGUCCAAAAGUUGAGUUCUGACUGAAUAAAUAUUGUCCCUGUUGGAAACCUGCAGCUGAGUAUGGUGUUCAUUUCCACGUAGUAUUUCAGUUUUCGAGCUUAGUUGAGAUAGCAGAUUAUAGGAGAGCUCAUUUGCUUCAGAGGAAAAGUCCUUUUCCUGAAUUGUUGUUGUAAAAAAGAAAAAAGAAAACAAGAGUUCUAAGGGGGUUGCUCUUUUUGCUCCUUAAUGUUAUAUUUGUAAAUACACGGUUUUAAGACAUUUGCUGAGAGGAAAAUUUUGGAGAAAUUUAGCCGACUUUGGAGAUGAUUGGUAGAUAAUGAGUUUAUUAGUUGAUAACCUCGAUCCUUUUAGCAAAUAGCUGGUGCAAUUUGGAUAAGCAGGAGAGCCCUUUGGAGAGAUGGUAUCUAAGAUUGCUUUGUUAUAUACCUGGAACCUAAAGUACUCAGUUGUCAUAAUUGUAUGCCAGUAUUUUGAGAAA